AUGACAGUGGAGCAGUAUAAAUACAAAUUGCUUUCUGCUCUCAAACUUCACCCAACAGAUCCUCAGUUCACCGUUGAGAGGCUAGAUUCCAGUCUUCAGAUACUGUGGUCUAAGGAAGUAAAGAAAGGAAUCCAGGUUAACUUCGGGACCCUUUCACUGCCAGUAAGUGAGUCGCCCAUGCAGAAUAUACAGGAAGUAGUUGAAGCGUUGGCCAAUCAGGUUCGCCAGUUGAAUGAACAAAAUUCAAGGGUGAUGGAGGAGCACGAAAAGUUGCGGAAAACAGCGGAUGCGGCAGUUCAAAAGUAUGACCAACUGGUUGCGGAUACCGAAACACGAGAAGUCACAUUGUUGAAACAUUUCGUGGAAGUUCUGAAUGAGAAGAAACGCAAGAUAGCGGAGCUUCAGGGAAGCCAAACCUCACCUACACCCCGUGGGGCGUGUCUGACGAAGAUACCAGCAANGCUGGCAAAAUCCUUUGCCUCGGAGGACUCGUUGGAUGAUGGAGAAGAACUGCUACCGAAAAUUCCGCGUACAUCCAAAAGUGUUUUAAGCCGAGCCUUUCCAGCACGCAGAGGAAGGAAAUCCAAGACUGU